AUGUCUCCGUGUCUUAGGUGUUCCAAAUCAGUAUUAUUGCUGCUCUUCUCCCUACUCUGCCUCUCCUCUCUCCCGCUGUCACCGGCGGCGCCUUCGCCCUCCCCCGCCGAUGUGUCCCACUUCGCCUACUACGGCGAGCCCUACCGCUGGCACAAGAGCACCCUCAACUACGCCUUCUCUCCCGACGACCAGGGGAUCAACUACCUGGACCCCGCGGAGGUGCGGGCCGUGUUCGCCCGUGCGUUCGCCCGCUGGUCCGCUUACAUCCCCGUGACCUUCACCGAGACGGAGGACUACGAACAGGCGGACGUGAAGAUCGGGUGGUACAGCGGGGACCACGGGGAUGGGACCCCGUUCGACGGGGUGCUCCAUGUGCUGGCCCAUGCGUUCGGUCCGGGGGACGGGCGGCUCCACCUGGACGCGGACGAGACAUGGACUACCGACGUCCGCAAGGAGCGGUCGAAGGAUGCGGUGGACCUUGAGUCGGUGGUCAUGCACGAGAUCGGGCACGUGCUCGGCCUCGACCACUCGUCGGAUAAGGAUGCCAUCAUGUACCCGUCCGUGAGGCCGGGGACGAGGAAGGUGGAGCUCGCGGAGGACGACGUGGUGUGGAUCCAGACGUUGUAUGGGGUGAUCCAAUUCGACGACGGGCGGCUGAAAUCAGACGUGUCGUCGGGCACGGUGGAUUUGGAGGGAAGAAAGGGACUGAUGAAAUGGAGUGCCACGGUGCUGUUCCUGCUUUAUAUUGCUGCUUCUUUUCUUUAG